UUAUGGAUGCACUCAGACGUUAGCUGAACAACCCGAGGUUUAAUGUCUUUAAAGAGUCAGUGUUUUCUAAUCUGAGGAGGGGCUCUGUGUGUAACAUGUCGAAAGGGGACACUCUGAGGGGGUUCGUGAUCGACAGGCUCGCCGCUGCUUCCCGCGAGAUCUCCGCGGUGGUCGACAGAAUCGUAGCCGAAUAUGAGGAGGAGGCGUCGGGCUUCAGACUGGAGAUGGACCGGCAGAGGAAGCAGCUGGAGGUCCUCCUGCAGCCCCGGGUCUCUCUGCAGACCCUGGUCUCUCCGCAGCCCCGGGUCUCUCCGCACAAAGCAGAUCUGAAGCGCAGCAGGAGAACCGGACCUGUUGAAGAAGACUGGACUUCUCAAAGUCCAUCAGGGUCCGGUUCUGUCAGAGGUCAGUCUAAGAAGAGGGGGCACAGCAGACCUCAGAACCAUGUAGACCUGAGGAUCCGGAUCCUGGAGGACCCCAAGACCCAUGUGCUCUCAAACAGUGCUCUGAAGAAGUCUCCUCUGCUGAAGCUGACGUGUCCUCGAGGUCUGAAGGAGGAGGACCUGGUGGACCUGCUGAGGUCCAGUUUCCCUCAGCUGAGUGGAGAAGACAAACGUUUUGACAUCUUGACCUGUGAUAAGAGGAGAAGACUGAAGAGAGUGACGUCAGAACAGAUGGACGGACACUCGAGCUGCACAGAGUCCAAGACGCUGCCGCUCUUCAUCCGCCUGAAGACACAAAAUGAACCUCAGGACACCGAGGACAUCUGUCCUCUACAAGAAAACAGAAACUCUGAAGACGCCGUGUUGACGUGUGAUAAAACCAGCUGCGCCGGUCAGGAGGUCGACGCCAGCGGAGCAGAGGCGUCGUGCAGCUCGACGUCGCACCAACAAGACGUGGACACAGAGCACGCCAACGAUGACGGUCGAGGAUUCAUCCCAGAACUCUACGAGGACUUUGGAGCAUGCUCGGCUGAAAACAGUAAAGAGGAAGAGAAGGAACAAAGAGCGCCCGGUGACAGCGGCGAGGAGGAGUGGAAACCAGACGAGGGCGAGGAGGAGGUGAAAGAGAGUGACUCUGAGCUGCAGCCGAAGACGACCAAGAAACAAAGAGCGCGACGCUUCAAGGCGACGGAGAAACAGCGCUCGUGUAAAGUCUGUGGCGUUUUGCAGAAAUCAGAAACGGCGCUCGUCAAACACGCCUGGAGUCACGUGGACGAUCCGAGGAGUCUCUGUGGCGUUUGUGGAGAACGUUCCCCGUCUGAGGCGGCGCUGAACGACCACCUUCUGACUCGCCACAAAACAGUGGACUGCCACGUCUGCGGCGAGUCGUUUUUAAGCGUCCUCGGCCUGAACGAGCACGUGGCGGCACACUCGGGGGAGAAACCGUACGAGUGUGACGUCUGCCCCGAGACGUUCGCGUUGAAGGCGACGCUCGAGAAUCACAUGAAACGCCACGAAGCCAGAAAGACGUAUAAAUGUCACACGUGUAAUAAAGUGUUCGAGGCGAGGUCGCAGCUGAACGCUCACCGCGUCACGCACACUCAUCUCUGCGGCGUGUGCGGGAAGUCGCUCAGUGACUACAGGUCGUUAUCACGCCAUAAGAUGACGCACACCGGGGAGAGGCCGCACAGCUGUGAGACAUGUGGGCGGAGCUUCAAACUGGCGGGGACGCUGAGACAACACGAGAAGAUCCACACGGAGAGAGAGCGAGCGUUCCUCUGUGACGUCUGCUGUAAGAUGUUCCUGAGCAGCAAACAGCUGACGCUCCACAUGAGGACGCACACCAACGAGAAACCCUUCCACUGCGCAGAGUGCGGGAAGGGCUUCACCACCAAGGGGCCUCUGACGGUCCACAUGAGGGUCCACACGGGGGAGACACCGUACCGCUGCCCCGACUGCGGCUGGUCCUUCAAACGUAAAGUUCACCUGGAUAACCACGUGACGGUGCACUCCGACCUCAAACCGUUCGUUUGUGGGAUCUGCGGGAAGGCGUGCGCUCGCAAAGUCUACCUGAAGGUCCACAUGAGGACCCACAACGGGGAGAGACCGUACAAGUGCACCCUGUGUGAGAAAGCCUUCACGCAGAGUCACUGUCUGAAGACUCACAUGAAGAGUCACCUGACCCAGGAAGCUGUGACCUCCUGACCCGGGCGCCGUUUGAGGAUCAGAUCUGUGAAGGUCGGAUUGUUCUACUCCACUUAAAGUCUUAAAAUGUAGAAAUCAAGUAUCUCCUCUGAAAAUAACUCUGUGAGUCAUGACUGUCUACAAUGGGUGUAACACCCGAGUCCCACUGUCUGUGAUGUUUUCAGAGUCCUAUCUUCACUUUGUUUACAUCGCCCGGACGGCCGGCUGACUCCUCCCCUCGUGUAUAAAAGUUGUUUAAUUGAGGGACUAGAGAAAAGAAGAAUAACAUACUGUACUCACUGCUUAACUGUGUUUCUAGAUCACGCUCAUUUCAGGUAAAUUUACAUGCAGUGUGCAGCUUCUUUAUUCUCACUUCAUCAACGCUUCUAUUAGAUUAUAAAACUUUAUUGAUCCUCAGCGGGGAAACUCAUUUAUCACCUGGUCAGUUCAUACACACAACAAACAAUAUCAACAGUACACAACAAGUAAAUAAAUAACAAACAAACCAUUUGAAUAAUCAUGUACAGCCAUGAGUCAGAAACACAAGUAAAAAUGUUCAUUAAAAUAUCUGACUGUUGCAGGAACAGAAGGAGCUCCUGAGCCGUUCAGUGGAACAUUAAGGCAUCACUAAUCGCUCACUGAAGGAGCUUCAGAGUCCGUUAAAAAAAGGAGUUGACUGACAUCUUUGUGGAAGCUUUAAAGAGGAAACAGAGAGAGACGGGAUAAAACGUUAAAUUAAAAUCCUAAAACCACACUCGGCCUAAAAAGAAAAAGAUUUCAUCAAACUCUCAGAAAAGACCUCAAAGAAACAUGAAAAACAUUCUCUUCAACUGAUGAUUUCACAAGUCAGACCAGUGUAGGAAAAGAUAUGAAUCCAAAGAAUUUAACAUAAGGAAAUGAUCUUAAAGGAAUCUGUGAUUUAAAAGAACAGCACAGCUUCUUCUCCGUCUCACCGCUUCGCGCCUCAGAAUGAGUCUCUGCCAUUAAGGUGUGUUUGCAUGUCGAUGCUAAGGUUAGCUCUUUACGCUAAAUUACCUCAGGCAAAUCUAACAGGGAGUUCAGAUGGCAGGGUCAGCAGCAGUGUUUGAAUCACCUUCUCUGUGCCGUAGGUGUACAAACAACCAUGAUGACAUUUAAAUAGAUCAUUACAUGUUAUAUCAGGUUGUACUGAACACA